AUGAAGAGAUAUCUGGAGGCUGUUCGGUCUAUGGAAAAGUGCUUCGCCGGCAUAACGGUCGAACACUUACCUAGAGGCCAUAAUGUGGAAGCAGACACCCUGGCGAAAUCUGCCGCCUGUGGAGGCCCGCAUUCGCCAGGCAUCUUUUUUGAAGUCUUGUACGUACCAAGUGUGCACACAGAAAGCCUGGACAUCAUGGCAAUCAACCAGGCAGAACUGGGCGAAGACCCAGAUGACUGGCGAACACCGUUCGUCAAGUACCUCAAGAACGGCUGGCUCCCAGAGGAGGAAGCAGAAGCGAAGCGCUUACAGCUCAGAGCCACAAAAUACAAGCUUGUCUCCGGCUAG